CAGAGACGAGGUAUACAGCAUACUGUUCUUGUCCAAUGCUAUCAUCUGCAGCCGACUGUCCAGCAAAUGUCUUCUACAGGUCUACUAUUUCCCUCCUUCACCUCCAACUGAGCCACAUCUCCCCCACGCCGGCUAAAUUGGGCAACGGCAAGCGAGAUCUGGCGUCCCAUCUGAGCAGGCGCAGACUCGCGACAUUCAUGCUAUCAAGGGAUCAUACUCCAGCUAGAUUUGGCCUGCUCAUUGUCAUCAAGCUCGGACUCUGGUAGAUGCCCUCUCGAGAUCUUCUAUAGCUCCAACUAUGCGCUGCAUCGAGUGCGGUGCCGCUGUGGACUCGCUCUACACGGAAUACGCCAAGGACAAUUUUCGUCUUACUCAAUGCCCGCGCUGUCUACGCUUUGCAGACAAGUAUGUCGAAUUUGACUAUGUCAUUUUGACGAUUGACACGAUGCUCAUCAAGCCGCAAGUGUAUCGGCAUCUGCUCUUCAAUACACUUGCCAGAGAAGAUGACAAGCUCGAUCCUAGCACGCGCAGACUGGGCAUACUUUUGCUUCUUUUCGAAGUUUAUCUGACGUGGUUUCGAGUGGAACGGACCUCGCUUGCAUCAACGACCACGACGAAUCUCCUCAUUGAUGAAUCGUUGAUGGUCCAGUAUGGCUACUUCUUCGUCUAUGUGCUCCUCUCCACACUGGCACUGCAUGUUGCAGCCAUUAGCCUGGCACGCGUACUGUGUAAUUGGCGAAAGCCUCACAUGGUCAGUACUGCCUUGUUCCUCAGUAGUUGCGUCAAGCUCCUACCUGUCCUUAUGGUCAUUUGGAAUUAUGACUCCCGCACCGCAGAGGCACUUGUCGAAUGUGCCAUGGUCGCCUACAAUAUUGAAGCACUUCGGAUACUACUAGAAUGCGGCGUCUUGACAGCUACCGUCAUUGCAGUCUUGAGUACACUUGUGAGGCUUGCUGCCUGUGCGCUUCUGUUGCGUGUGACUCGCCUUGGUUCCCAGCCAUAUUUCGCAUAGCUCCUUCAUCUCUGUAUCGACAUCAUUUCAUGACAUUGCCAUCGCUUCAUCAACUGCUCUUUUGAUAGUGCUCAUUCGCCUUUCGUGGCGCGACAAGUGGAUGCAAUUGUGCCAUGUAUGUGAGCAUCCACAUGAGAUACAUUGAUACCAGCGUCAAUAUAGAAGUCAUGCGCCAGACAGUUUGAUUGUCGCCUUUCGGGCUAAAGACAUAGCAGACUGCACAGAGUGCUGCGAUGACCGCUGCGACGAGAAGAACAGUCAGACCAGACAUGGCAACCUGACAGUACACACCCCGGGAACCGACAGGAAGGAGAGCAGCACUCAGGCAAGAUGUGUCGGCGAGUGUGGUUGACGUCGGGUUGCAUGUGUGAGUU